AUGGCGUUUUCGAUGAGAAAACGAAAAAAUGGAACAAGUUUGGAUGCUUUGCUGAAAGCCACCGUUUCUGGAAACUCGGAAAAUAUUGAUAAAAAAUUAUUCACGACAACUGAUCGAAUUAUGAGAACUAGACUGGAGUUUGUCAAAUCGCACACAAUUACGACGGGAGAUAUGAAAGAACUCGAAAAGUUGGUGAUUUUGGAAGUUUGGGGUGAAAAUUUAACUAGAAUCAGAAUUUUUAAAAAUAUUUCUAGAAUUGCUGCCAAAAUUACCCUAAAUUCAGUGAUUUUCGAACUGAUAUUAUUUGAAGCGCAUUAAUUUCAGUCAAAUUUUACUUGAAAAUUCGUGAUUUUUGAUACCAAAAAAUAAAAAAGUUAAGGACCCCUUUUAUACUUUUCCGGACCAAAAACAUGUAUGUACCAAAUUUAUCUAGAAAAUUAGAUUUUCGGGAAAAAAUAAUCUGAAAACCAAUGUUUUUGGCUUAAGCUUGAGAUCAGAAUAUUGAAACCUAGAUUCUUGAGCUCAUCCAAAUUUAUCUGAAAUUCCUGAACUCUUAUUGUGAGCUGAAAAUGUAAAAUUAGGCAAAAUUCUGAUAAAAGAAAUUUAUUUUUCCAGUUAUAGCACUACCACAAUAAAAAAUCUCAAUUAAAACAAUUAACUUAUAUAAAUUUUGAAACGUAUUAUUUCAGCUUUUUUAUUAACUUUAUUAGAACCAAUUUUCACGGGAAAAAAUACAAAAAAGGCAAAAUUACCACAAAAAAUUCCAUUUCUAUAUGAAAGCUUUAAAAAAUAAUUUUUUUCAAAUCCCUAACAUUUCAGAUACACGGUACUUAAACCCGACAUUGAUUCGGAAGUCGAAGCAGCUCGAAAAUUGAGAAUUUCGGGAAUUCAGCCAACUAAUCGAUAUUGUCGAGUCGAACCACUUCCGCCCGCUUUUUUCAAGAUUAAAAAAGAAUUUUCGGGGUCCAAAUGA